CAAGGGGAGUAGCGACAUCAUUGAGGUAUCGAAUGUCAGUAUCAUUAUGUUUUUCUUGCCCUUUUCGUGCCCUAAGUAACUGCACACUCGGGUUCUCACCUGUAAACACUGAGCUGCGGUAUUGAAUGCUGAUCUAAAACUCAAACAUGAAAAAAUGAGGCCUGGGGUUCAACAAGAUGGAUCUUUUACCCGUUUAGUUUCUCUGGCCAUAUCAAGUUGUGUUUGGUGUUGCACAGUUCUUCUGAAUGAUCAGCCUUUGGUGCAAGCUCGACAUCUCGGCCGAUUUAAGCGUUAUCCCGUCAACAGCCUCAAAGACGUGGACUUACUCGGGACAAUAGGAAACCCACUUCCGAUUGGCGUAUCGCUCACGAGAGGACCUUACACGAAACCAGCAUUUCACUUUCGGUCUGGAGCGAAUGUUGGACGUUUCGCUCGCUUCAUUUUCCCAAAAGGAUUUUUGAAAGAAUUCUCAAUCAGUACUGUAAUUCGCCCAAGGUCUUCUGACCGUGGGGUAGUAUUUGCACUUUUGCCGCAUAUUCGCAGAGGAAAUGUAAUUUUGGGACUUGAGAUUCACAGAGACUCCUUUUCUGAAGGAACGACAAUAAGUUUGAUUCAUGCAAACAACGGAAAUACGAGAACCGUUUUUGAGUUUACUGUCCCAGAUCUGACUGGUAGAUGGACUUGGCUCUCUUUUAGUAUUAAAAAUAAUGGCGUAACGUUUUUCAAAGACUGUAGAGAGGUUGACACUUCGUUUGUACGUGCGACUCUGGGUGUCCUCACCUUUCCACGGUACAGUGCUUUGUAUAUUGGCAGAGCUGGAUGGACUCCGGGGGCAUCGUCAAGUGCUUUCCAGGGAGAUAUAGCAGAACUGUCCAUGCACAGUGACCCCAACAAGGCCCAGCAUCAGGAGUGCAAGGCAGAUACUGACAACAACAGGACCUCCGGUGUUCUCUACAACAGUAGCAGAGCCUUUACAAGCACAUCAACAAGCACCAUCCUUGAGGUCCAAUAAAAGUCUUCCAAAGGUAUCAACGAACAGUUUUAAGAAAAAUACAACCCCUACUGAAGCAAGCAUUGUCGACCAUUUCUCGACCACGAAACGUCCGG